AUAUCCUAUAUCGAAAUCCAUCGCGUGUCUCAUAUUGUUUUACUUCCCUGUUUUCUCUGAAACGUUGGGAAGUACUUUCACCUCAGUUCUUGCCUUUCUCAAUGUCAAACCCGGUUCAAUCCUCCACAACCGAUUUACCUUCCGAUCCGCUCCUGAAACCCGGAGCCUUCAUCGACGCCAACGACCAAAAUCAAUCGGCUGAGCUGUCAGAACCUUCAAAUGGUUCGAUUCCAAAUGGCGCUCAGUCCGAGACGCCGGCACAAGGGCCGGAUAUCUCGUCGUCAUCGGCGGAGCCUAAGGGUAAGCGGCGCGUGUUGGUAGCUCCGGAGACUUGGUUACCAGCUGGAUGGUCGAUCGAAGAUAGGGUUCGGAGCUCCGGUGCAACUGCUGGAACUGUUGAUAGGUAUUAUUUUGAUCCAUCAUCUGGCCGGAAAUUCAGAUCGAAGAAAGAAGUGCUUUACUAUCUAGAAACUGGAAUCCCCCCUUCUAAAAGGAAGAAAGGAGCAGAGGCUCCUGGAAGUGAAGAAGUUGGUACAGGGUACUCUGGGGGCAACAAACAGAAGAAGCCUGAUAAAAAGCUGAAGCCUUUGAACUUUGAUUUCAUUAACGUGCCGCAGAAAGUUGAUUGGUUGUUGACAAAUGCCUCUGAAGACUCGUGGACUCCCUUCCUUGGGGAUGACCAAGUUUCUGGACCUACUAAACAAGAUUGGGCUGCUGCAUUUGCAUCCCUAAUAGCCAGCAAAAGCGGUCAAACUAUGUAUUGAAUACGUUUGGCAUCUGAUUAAUCAGAUGGUUUCUUACUGACCAGCAGUAGGCCUUUUUUGUUCAACUCCAAUUGUUUUUUUGUUUCAGCUCUAAUUCGCUCAUGUCUUAUCUUUGGUUCGACAGGAAUUGGGACUGUUCUUGUUCUAGGUCGUAAUUUUGUUAUACACUCGUGUAAUUUAUUGUUUAUAUGUAACUUGUAGCUAGACAUACACGUUCUUUUUCUAAGUAGUUUUGUUGUUUCAAAACUACAAAA